UCUUUCAUUAAUUAGGUUAGUGGAAGAAAUGGGUGUAUUUCCUGGAUUUGGUGGCUGGAUCAAUCAGAACACUCAACAGCCUCCUAAGGACGAGCCCAAGAGAUCUGAGAAUGUUGAAUCUAAGUCGGUAUCAGAGAAAGACACUAAUAAUGCCCCUGCUAAGGAGAAAAAGGCAUAUUAUAAAAAAGUUCAUGAGAAGCAGCAAGAUCAACUUUGGCAUGAUGCAGAGAAGAAGCAUCCAUGGUAUAAUCCUCCUCCUAAGGUCACGGUGACAACGAAAAAAGGUCUUUGCCAUAUGAACGUAGAAUUGAUAGUGGGACUGACUCCUGAUGGAGUCUACGAACUUUUCACUAAUCCAGAAACCGGUGCAUUCUUUGAUAAGGACAAGUGGCGCGGUCUUAUGACAAAUAAAUCAAUAAAAGUUUUGAUGGAGGAUGGACCGAGGCAGGUCAUGAAAGUGAAGAAAUCUGUGGCUUGGGACUUACUUUGGUUUUCUAUACCUAUCCCGAUAAUUCUAAUUGUCGAUGAAAACAGAAAAGAUCUUACGACAAAAUAUAAGAAGGAGAAAAUAAUGUUCAUGAAAGUGUUUGAGGGUAACUAUAAAGUGGAGCCGAUAUAUGUAGAUUCAGAACGAUUGUGCGGGCAAAGGUUACCAAAAAGUCGAGAAGAAUAUAAAAGAUGUAGCGGCGGACAAGGAAAGAUUGCGUCUAAAGUGACAUUGAACCAAUACUUUCAGCCAUAUCCUCUUUUUAAUCUGCCGCCAGUUUCUUGGUAUAUUAGAGGGAUCACCAUCAAAACCACCAAAAAUCUGCUCCUAUCGGUCCAAAAGGUGGCUACCAGUAUUCGACGGGCUAAGCGAUUGAAUGAGCUAGGUGAAGAAAUCAAGCAACAAACAUGA